UCCAGCUAGCACGUGUACCAGCUCAUUAGAUGAGGAAAUGGACUGUGAGCGUUUUGUGGGACCAGAACCAAACAUCUCUCAUGAAUCUGAUAGCAAAGAUCAGAAAGGAGUAAAACGUAGUUUAACAUCAACUAAGGAGUCACAGCAGCAGAUUCUGGCUCCUCCAGGUGAGAAGACAUUUUUGUGCAAAACAUGUGGAAAAGAUUUCCAACAAAACAAAACUUUGUUGGCCCAUGUGAAAAGAUUCCACAGUGUUGAUCAACCAUAUUCCUGCAUCACCUGUGGCAGAACAUUCACUCGGCCAGAACAUUUGAAAAAUCACACAAGAAUUCAUACUGGGGAGAAACCAUAUUCUUGCAUCACCUGUGGCAAAACAUUCACUCAUGCAUCAAGUUUAAGGAUUCACACAAGAAUCCAUACUGGGGAGAAGCCAUUUUCCUGCCUCACCUGUGGCAAAACAUUCAUUCAGACAGCAAAUUUGAAGUCUCACACAAGAAUCCAUACUGGGGAGAAGCCAUAUUCUUGCAUCACCUGUGGCAAAACAUUCACUCGGCCACAACAUUUGAAGAAUCACACAAGAAUUCAUACUGGGGAGAAACCAUAUUCUUGCAUCACCUGUGGCAAAACAUUCACUCAUGCAUCAAGUUUAAGGAUUCACACAAGAAUCCAUACUGGGGAGAAGCCUUAAUCCUGUAUAAUAUGUGAAAGAUGUUUGUAAUGGUAAAAUAUGUUAUAAAAUAAUCUUAUGCUAAAAGAGUGAUUAUUGUCUGUGUUGAAGCAAUUUGAGAAGAAAAGGGAAAUCCAAAAGUUGUCUUUUGCAGCUGUGUGAAGGAGGACAGUCAAACCGGCCUUCACCCGAAUGCUCGAACAAAGGAGCUCGGUUACUCCCAUCUUUGCCUUGAUUCGUUUCCUCCUUGAUUUAUAACUUUUCAUCUUGGUUAUCUCACAGGUGGUUUAGAGUUUUAGGUUUCUGUUUCUCUCGUGGCCGCCUACCACCAGAAAUGACCUUCAUGUGUGUGUAUAAGAACUCAGCGUUUUCUCUCCACAGAGCACCGUGAUACGUGCUGUGUAGUUGACCUCCUGCUUGCAAGCAAUAAAUGGACUUUAUGCAACUUUGUUCAUUCAUCAAGACUCUGUUUUAUUAGACAAAUCAUUCUCUUCUACCAAACUUAUUGAAAUAUUCCACAACAAUUUGGCGUCACAAACAGAAUUCACUGACUGUCCGUCAGGCUCCGGGGGACCAUCUGGAAAAAAAGGCCUUUCCCAGGAUCACCAGCUGAUGAUCCUGCCUCAUCCCUCCUUAGACAAGAGAGAUCGGGCGGAAACCGAAGGAGUCCUGAUUGACGUCACGUGUA